AUGAAAAAAGAAAAAUCAGCUCAUCGUCUAAGCAUCGUACAAAACCAGCCGCCUGAAACAGAGGGUGCAGAAGUACCUCCGCUUGAAUCUGAGGCUGAUUGGGAGAAAACAGAGCCUCCACUGGCGGCCGACGUCGACGGCGGCCACCUUUCCGCCGCAGUAUGGGCACGAUCCCGGCGCCUGCUGCCGCCCGAUCUCCGUCUCUUCCGCCCGGCACACCAGAAAACACAUACGGACACCGAUUGAGAUCUGGCUUUGUCCAUUCCUAGUGAGAAAUGUGUGAGCCCUGUAGAUGAGAGGUCAGCUAAAGAGGGUAGCUCAGAUAUUUCUGAACUCAUAUCCUCCCAAUCAGUGCCUCAGCUUACCUUUAGUGAUCUUGUGGAUAUUGAUGUUAAGGAUAGUAACAAUAGCAAGGGGGAAAAAGAAUCAAAUGGGCUUUGUGAGGAAGCCUACACACAGACCACAAAUGUGCUCAUCGGUGUUCGAACUGAUCGUGGUCGGCUCGUCUCUGCCGCUAUUGCCUACUUGCGGUUGUUGUCCCCUGUGGCUCGGAUGAUGGCGACUGAGGAUGUAUGUUCGCGGCUGAACAUCGGAACUGUUGCUGCAAUGUGUGCUCAUGGGAGUUCGACCAUCGACGCUACUCCUCCGCUGCUACUUGUUGCGAUGCACCUCGGCGUCGGGCGGCGGUCGGCUGAAGGCGUGCGAGCGGACGUCGCCAGGAUGCUCGCGGCAGCGUGCUCCUCCUCGGCUGGGCUUCUCGAUGCUCGUGUACGGCCACUCGCGAUGGGCCGCUGCGAGGCGCCGGCGGUGGCUGAUUUGCAAAGGAGAAGAGCGCCCCGAGAUGCUGCGGGAAAAGGAUAA